AUGGUCAAACGAGUACGUGACAUACGCUCUGAUCUUGACAGGUGGAACCAAGUCCCUUUUCCAAACCCACUCUCUCAGUAUCUGGAAUACAUCUAUGCCGCUGAUCAAGGCGCAGACACCUUCACUCUUGCAAUGUGGUCAACCGUUGAUGGCAUCCGGACACCGGUCGUACUUGAAGCCAGCCUCUCCGAGAUAUGUGAAUCUUGCCGCAUUUCUGUUGAAUCUUUGCGACAAAAUGCUGCCCUCCGGAUUCUUGAUUCCACAGAAGAUCCCAAUCUAGAAUUCGAUUCGAAAACGCUGGAACCGUGGAAUGAGCCGUCGAACUUGCCUACCGUCAUGACGGAACUCCAACAACAGUUCUUCGUGGACUUUGUCCGUCAAUGGCAGCCCUGGUUUGAUGGGGUCAACACCUGGAGAUGGGGAAGCUGUGCAUUCAAGGCAUUAACCAUUGCGAUCUUGCGUCUUGCCUCGUGGGACUUUGAGGUGUCCUCUUCCGUCAUCGACAUAUUACUGUCGACGUCUCAUUUCCCAGAUCCUGUUUGGAAGUUCCCAAAAGAAGAACAGUAUUGGUUUCAUGGAUUUUUUGUUAUGCUGCAACCUGAUCUUGAGUCCCCUCAAGCAUUUCACGCGGCAGUCGCUGGAGUCAAAGUAUUCAUCGAUAACUCUGGUGGCACACCUCGUGGAGUCAGGUCUAUUCUCAUCUCACCCCGUCAUGUGGCUUUUGUACAGAUUUCAGGGACCAAUAUUAAGUGCAGCGAGAUCAUGCCACUGCUAACAAACUCCUCGGGAUCAGCAAGUUCCCCAGGGUUUCGCGUGUUAGCCCAAGUUCUGUCAACCGAUUGCUGGAAACCGACAUUGGCCCACAGAGAAUCGUGGGGUUCCCCCUUGUCACUAGAAGCUCUGUCGCGUGUUUUCCAUAGCGCGGAGCCGAGGGACAAAGUGGCACUAGCACAAGCUUCAUUCCAAGCGGAACAAAUCUACUAUAACUCAAUUCCCCAAUUCGAGAAACUUUCCAUGCAAAAACUGUUCCUUUCCAUAACCUGCUGUGGGAAGCGUCCUGGGUUAGAGGAGUCGGGUGUACGCUGUAUUAAAUGUCGUGCAUGGCAACAUCGAUACUGUGUUGGACUGGAAUUUCCGCCGCCUGACAAUUCGUUCAUCUGUGCGAUUUGCCGUGAGAACCCAGGUUUUACAGGCCUCGACCUCCUAGGGAUUGACAGGCAUUCUUUACAUCACAGGAGGAAAGAUUUCAUUGUUCAGAUUGACGGUUCUACCAAAUGUCUUCGGAACCAGGCCUGGAAACCAGGCUAUUUCCCUCGAAGGGCACGGAAUGGCUUGAGUGAAGCUCUCAAGAUUAAUUUUUCUAUUCGAUUCAAUGGGACUUUUACGGCACUAGCCUAUGGCAUUGAGGAUGUUUCACAUUGA